AUGAACUUGAUUGUCGCUGUCGCGGUUGUGGUGUGCUUGGUGUUGUCGCACCGUGUGGCGGGUGCUGUUGCUGGUGCUGGUGGUGAUGACGGUGAGAACCAGGCCAUCACAAGCUAUGCGGUGGACCACGCACUUGGCUCGGGCCCAUUCUCCCCAAGGGGAACCAUCCAAGUGAAGUCACAGACGAAAGGUGUCCUCGAGCAAACCGUGACACCGGACUUUGCAGAGCGCCUCUUUGUGGCGGCAACAGAGGGUCAGAUGUACCGCGUGCGCGUGCGAUCUCAGGUGGACAGCAGCGGCGCAGAGGUGGUGGCAGAAGGAUUCUUGCCCGCGUGCAACCUCUACGCUUCCGGUUUCAUGGACAGCAUGAUCCUGCACGUCAACGACAACGGCGCUGUCUAUGCCGUGUCGGAGUCAACGUCCAGCGAGUGCCCCGCAACACUCAAGCAGGCGUCCCUCAAGCCACGCACAACCGUCACGUUUGUCCGUCCCAACACUGGCCCAUCCCCCAACAUGGCCGAGUUCGUUGAGAAGGUCAAGGAGAAAGAAGCCAAGGAGAAGGAGCCCGAACAGAAGUCCUUCUGGGACAGAAUGUGGGUGUACAUUGUGCCGCUCGUCGUUGUGCAGAUCAUCAGUGCGUAUAUGCAAUCCGGCAAGAAGGGCGAAGGCGCCAAGUAAACGGAAGCACUCGCGACUGUGGCCGCGAUGUUGAUGUUGGUGGUGUUGAUGGUGUUGUUGAUGGUGGUGUUGA